GUAGACAGAAAGGCGUUAGUCGUUCAACAGCGCUGAUCGAGUUUAAAUCUAUAGCGAAAUGAGCGGCGGACAGUGAGCCACUUGGCGUGAACCCAAAGCUUUCGAGAAAACAAUUCUCGGGCCACCAAAAAAAUACAGAAAAUACAAAAAGUAUCUGACUGAUUCGCGUAUCGUGAGGCGUGAAGAUCGAUCUCGAUCCCUCCGAAAAAACAAAAAGAUAUCGGUGCGGAAACAAAGAAAUUGAGGCAUUUGAGGUUGUUGUGCGCGAGUGUGUGUCUUCUGCUGGGUGUGUGGAAUGUCAACUGACGGGUUGUAAAGGGAAACCCUGAAAUCCGAACAGCCAGCCAAAGCAAAUAAAGCUGUGAAUACGAAAUAAGUACAACAAACAGAUACAGAUACAGAUAGAGAAACAGAUACUGGCGAUGCCUUGAGAUACAAUUUAAAGAAAUACAGUGCGUGAGUGUCAGUUGGAAAAUAUGUGGAUAAUCUGCCAGCCGUCAGCCGAAGGAGCCGCCGGGUGACAGGUGCACCGCCCAGAGCCACCCAGAUCCCGAUCCGCAUCCAGAUCCUAACCCCGUGUCAUGUGCCGCGGCUUUCCAAUCCCAGCCACAUCUACCGACCAGGUGCGCCUCGAAUGCGGCAACACUAUUUUCAACAAGAACUCGAUCUACUUCAUCUACAAUUAUCGAAGGAAACAGAAAACAGUAGCCGAGCCGACAUCCCUAUCAGAUAUUUACACAAGCGUGAUUUAUUUGAAAAGCGAAACGACCGGAGCGCCAUAAACAUCUGUAAAUUGUGCAAAUAUAUCCAAGUGUAACCGAAAGCCGCUCGCCGCGAUAACGGAUCCCAUUCCCAUUUUGAUUUUGAUUCUGAUUCUAAUACUGAAUUCCCCAAAAACCGAUCCCGUCAUAAAUUCAGUGGAACGAAAAGUGUACGAGACAGUUGGUCGCUCCUAUUUUGCUUGCUUAUUCCGGGCUAUCCAUCACACGGCUUUCGAAUUAAUAACCGAACACAUGUCGUAUCGAUAUUCGACUUGAGCGAUACGGGCACCAAACGGGAGAUCCAAUAUCAAGCGAUACCACCACUCGACCAUAGGAAACUUUAUAAGACUGAGAGUUGCAAGCGACCAUGCGCGCAUGGCUUCUACUCCUCGCAGUGCUGGCGACUUUUCAAACGAUCGUUCGAGUUGCUAGCACCGAGGAUAUAUCCCAGAGAUUCAUCGCCGCCAUAGCGCCCGCGCCCGUAGCCGCUCAGAGUCCGCCAGAAGGAUCAUCUGGUUCCAGAUCGGGCGGAGCAUCAACCAGCACAGCAUUAGCAAAAGCAUUUAAUCCAUUCAACGAACCCUCCUCCUUCAGUGAUAGUGAUAAAAGCCAUCUGAGUAAAAAUCAAAGCAACCGCAGCAGCAACAGCAAAAAAUCACAUAGCAAAAGUGACGCGAACAAUCGACAGUUCAACGAAGUGCAUAAACCAAGAACAGACCAAUUAGAAAAUUCCAAAAAUAAGUCUAAACAAUUAGUUAAUAAACCCAACAACAAAAUGGCUGUCAAGAAGAACCAUAGCCAUCAUCAUCGGAGUAGUCAUCACCAGCACAGGCAGCAGCCCAGAAAAGGAGCAGCCUCAUCCACAGAAUCUCAUCAAUCGUCGAUUGAAUCAAUCUUCGUGGAGGAUCCGACGCUGGUGCUCGACCGCGAGGUGGCAUCCAUCAAUGUGCCUGCGAAUGCCGGCGCCAUCAUCGCCGAGCAGGGCCCGUCCACCUACAGCAAGGAGGCGCUCCUUGUCAAGGACAAGCUCAAGCCGGACCCCUCCACUCUAGUCGAGAUCGAGAAGAGCCUGCUCUCGCUGUUCAACAUGAAGCGGCCGCCCAAGAUCGACCGCUCCAAGAUCAUCAUCCCCGAGCCGAUGAAAAAGCUCUACGCCGAGAUCAUGGGCCACGAGCUCGACUCGGUCAACAUCCCCAAGCCGGGACUGCUGACCAAGUCGGCCAAUACAGUGCGAAGUUUUACACACAAAGAUAGUAAAAUCGACGAUAGAUUUCCGCACCACCACCGGUUUCGUCUGCACUUCGACGUGAAGAGCAUUCCCUCGGACGAGAAGCUGAAGGCCGCCGAGCUGCAGCUGACGCGGGACGCACUGAGUCCGCAGGUGGUGGCCAGAACGUCGUCGGCGAACCGCACCCGCUACCAGGUGCUCGUCUACGACAUCACGCGGGUGGGGGUGCGGGGCCAGCGGGAGCCGAGCUAUCUGCUGCUGGACACCAAGACGGUCCGGCUGAACAGCACGGACACGGUGUCGCUCGAUGUCCAGCCGGCCGUGGACCGGUGGCUGGCGAGUCCGCAGCGCAACUAUGGACUGCUCGUCGAGGUGAGGACGGUGCGAUCGCUGAAGCCGGCGCCACAUCAUCAUGUACGCCUGCGCCGCAGCGCGGACGAGGCGCACGAGCGGUGGCAGCACAAGCAGCCGCUGCUCUUCACCUACACGGAUGAUGGGCGGCACAAGGCGCGCUCCAUCCGGGAUGUUUCCGGGGGAGAAGGGGGCGGUUCGGGGGGCAAGGGCGGAAGGAAUAAGCGGCAACCGAGGCGACCGGCGAGGCGCAAGAAUCACGACGACACCUGCCGGCGGCACUCGCUGUAUGUGGACUUCUCCGAUGUCGGCUGGGAUGAUUGGAUUGUGGCACCGCUCGGUUAUGAUGCGUACUAUUGCCACGGCAAGUGCCCCUUCCCGCUCGCCGAUCACUUCAAUUCCACCAAUCAUGCUGUGGUGCAGACCCUGGUGAACAACAUGAAUCCCGGCAAGGUGCCAAAGGCGUGCUGCGUGCCCACGCAACUGGACAGCGUGGCCAUGCUCUAUCUCAACGACCAAAGUACGGUGGUGCUGAAGAACUACCAGGAGAUGACCGUGGUGGGCUGUGGCUGUCGAUAGAUUCGCACCAGGAGCACCACUUUUCUAUUUCUAUAUAGGAAAAAUGGAAAAUGGAAAACGAAAGGAAAUCGCGAGCGAGAGAGCAUCAAAUGCUGUUUGGUUCCAAGCCGUCAAUGCUUUAAACACAACGCAAACAAAAUGGACUGAAUAUUUGAAUUUUAAGUGUAAAUCGUUAGACUUUAAUCGUAUAAAAAAGGCGGCAGCCACGCCCCCACGCCCACGCCCCCGCAACCACAAGAAAACACCGCCCACCUACGGAGCCUCUGUCGAUUUCCCCAGCCAGGCUGAGGAAAAAUCCUAGAUCAGAGCGAUUUUGAGAGCGCAGAGUCCACUGUAUAUAGCCGCCAUGCCACGCCCCCCUUAAUCCCCACCACCCCAAGCCCAUCCGUCAGAUACUUCAGAUAUUAGAUACUUUCGUAUCUGUGUGAGCUGCUGCUGCUGAAGAUACAGAAGAAGGAGAAGAAGAGGAUUACGUGUAAGAGUUAAAUCGACCAAUUGAACAAAUUGUAUAAAAAUGCUAAUAUAUAUAUAAAUAUUAAACAACUAUAUCGAUGCGAACUGGUAUCUACUGUAUGUACAUGUUUGUGGAAAGGAGACCUAUUCUACUAGCCGUUUUUUGUUAAUAAUUUUAUAAAGCAAUAGCAAUCCAUUUGUAAAUUAACUAGCGCGAGUAUAAUCGAAUAAUGACUUGAAAUUACUUAGGAACUAUCAGUCCUAAACACAUAGUUUUAGAAACAGAUAUUGUAUAUGUACUAAAAAUACCUAUAUACUUUAUACACACACACUCAUCCAUAAGCACACACACAUACAAAACAAACACAUAUCGACGAAAGGGUAUUCAAGCUUCGUUCCGAAUUCAACUAAACGUAACUGUAUAAACAAAACGUAUGCUCUAUAAAUAUAUGAAUAACUAUUUACAUCGUUAUGCGUUCUAAGCUAAGCUCGAAUAAAUCCGUAAACGUUAAUUAAUCUAGAAACUUAAGACCUAUCGCCUAAGCUCAGCAUGUUGGAUAAAUUAAUAGAAACGAAAGAAACAAAAAAAAACAAAAAUCACACAAAAAGAAAGUCCGAUGAAUGGAAAAUAUCGAUUCGUGCCUGAUGUUGCAGAGCACGAUUUGUAUAUGUAAUUUUUCAUAUAAACUUUAUUAUUUUAUUUAUUUAAAACAAAGCAUAUUUUUGAUGACGACGAUGAUGAUGAUGAGCGGGA